AUGCACACCGCUGUUUUCCGCCAUCAGAAGCCCCAAUUUGAUCGCGCUGGAUCGGAUCAAUUCGAAUCGAGUCGAGUCGAAUCGAACCGAACCGAACCGAUACGCGCGCUCCCCCCUCCUCCUCUGGCCGCAGGUGUGCGAUUCCCCCGCCAAAUGGGCGAAACCACCAUCGACCAACCGGAUCGUCGACCCCGAGACCAAAAUAUGGAGACGCAAGAAGAAGAAGAAGAAGCAAAAACUACAAAGGCAGAGACAAGAAGAGCAUGCCGCUACAUGAAGCGUCAGCCAGCAGAGGCGCUGCUACCAUGCGAUCCUCCUCCAGGAUUAGCUGGCACCGAGUACCCGUACCGCUGCUUCUCCCAUCCAUAUUGUGGCCACUUCCUUGGGCAGCUGGCACAAGCUUGUUCAUCUCACAUGGCAUUUCAGGAACUCUCCGUUCUGAGGCUGGGCAUGAUGCGGGCAGAUGGUAAGACUAACAAGUCCAAAUCUAAUGAUCCAUCUCAAUGGCCUGGGUUUCCGCCUCCAUACAACCAUGGACCACCUCUGCUAGAACCUUCAAACUCUGCCAUCUACAGCUCAUCAGCUAGCUACGCCAAGGGCCUUGCUCGCUCCGGCGUCAUGUCAUCCGUAGUAGGUGAUCCCAUCCUCUCUCUGUACAACCUCUUCUCAGCGUACGCUAAUGUCCUUCAGUAUCCAAGGGGCGAUCCCGUCGUGGAACGCGGAAUGUCCGUCCCUCGCAUCGUUAGAGACAAUGGAUUCUGCCUCACCUGUCGUCGCUCGGGGAAGCAAUGUGACUCGACGCUGCCCAUAUGCCGUACUUGUCAAGAGGACGGUCUCGAGUGUAUUCAGCCAAUCAGCGCAUACCCUCGAGUACAGAGCAAUUCCAGGAAACGUGGACGGAUUAGUCCUGAGCCGGAGGAAGAGAGGCCCCGGUCCAGGCUCCGGCCUGCAUCUGAGGCCGCAGUAGAGACCACUGCCGAGCCCGAGCCCAAGCCCGAGCCCAAGCCCGAGCCCAAGCCCGAGCCCAAGCCCGAGCCCGAGUCUGAGUCCGAGGCUGAGACUAUCAUCUUGACCCCGUCUGCAUCCGAAACUCAGUCCGAGGCUGAGACUGAAAUCUCGACCCCGCCGGCACCUGAGCCUCAAUCCGAGUCUACUCACCAGACUCAACCUGAAAAUGAUGAGAAUUCUAUUCCUACAUCUGGGCCUGGGUGGAGCGUGUUUCUCAAUGCCGUAUCACGAGAGAUUGAUCAAGCUCAGCAGGGCUUGCUACGACAGACCAGGGGCCAUUUGAGAUUCUCCCUGGUUAUUAACAGACACAACAACGAUCCGGACCAUGACUAUGCUGUCUAUUACGAUUACCAAUACGACCUCGACUCUGACUAUGACUUUGACUCUGACUUUGACUUUGACUCUGACGACGGCGGCGACGGCGGCGACGGAGGCGACGGCGACUCCUCGUCCUCCUCGUCUUCGUCCUCGUCCUCCUCCGAUGAUGAUGUCGGUGGGCCAGAUGAGGACGGAAGCCAAAUUCCUAUCCCUGCCCCUAUUUUGCAUCAGAUCAGGAAUUCUUGGACAGGACAGGGACCGCCUCCUCUCCUAGCUUAUCUUCGCGACUUCAUUGGCUAUAUGAGAGUGUUUCACUUGUCACGUGCGCCAUCCGACUCUCUGCCACUUGCCUUGCUGCCGGCAUGUGAGCAAACUACAGCCGAGACUCUCAGAUACUACGUUCUGCGCCCAGCCAACCGUGGCACUAGACCGUUGCCAGAUAUAAACCCUACCAACCCCAAGGUGGUUGACUUGGCGUAUUCCAACCCUCUCGUCCUGCAGCUCAUCAUCGCCGAGAGGGCCAAUCACCGCGAGGUAUCCUCUGCCGUACUGCCGACGGGUGAGAUGGCGGAAGGGUUCUAUCGUAGCGCCAUUGGCGCGUUUGCUCCCAAGAUUCAAAGCUACCUCGCUGGUAAUGAAGAGGAUAUGUUGUCCCUGACCAUGGGUAGCCUCAUCCUGGCUCUCACAGAAAAAGCCCGGUUGGAUAGGCGUACUAAUCCUCUGGAUUAUCCUACAGCAGCCGCCCGCAUUCUAAUCAUACUCACCACCUGUCCCCAUGAGGAAGUUUGCAGCAACCUUCCAGAUAUCUUGGUCGAGUAUUACAUGCACACUGCCAUGUUUGCUUGCCUCGCAGCCGAUAUUACCACGGCAGAGACGAUACCUUUUGUGAGCAGUGCGUUUCAAGAUGCCGUCGACAGGCUGGUGGCCAGAGACUACAAUGGUAGGCUCUGCGGCACCUGGUUGCCCAUCAUGGUUUCCAUCCACAACAUCUUUACGCUGGGCAUGUCCAUGCGGCCUUAUGUCAAUGGCCCGUUGGACAUCCCAAGACCAGGCCCAUCAACGGGCUAUCUGCCUGAUCACAUUGUCACCUUUGGCCGGAUUCAAGAGAAGCUCUUUGAUUUCGCACCUGCCCUCACCGAAUUCACCCCCGAUUUCGAGGCGGGCGUGCUGUGGAGAAAUGCGGCCAUGCUGUACCUUUGGAGCCUCUUGGAGUGGCCACACACUGCGAAACCACCCGGGCCUUAUAGCGAAAUGAUACACAACUCUUUUUACGACGCACUCCAGCGGCUGGAGCAAAUUGAGAGGGACGACAAGGUGAACAAGACCAUUUGCUGGCCCCUUCUCGUCAUUGGGUGCUUCGCAGUGGAAAAGGCCGAUCAGGAUCUCAUUGGAAGCCGCCUCGUCGACAUCUCAUCUCGCUUCAAGGUUGGCAACGCGCUCGAGACUUACUUUGUGCUGAAGCAUGUCUGGGCGCAGCCUGCUGUGUGGCGUAGCCCCUGGCUGUUGCGCAAGUCGAUUCGAGAGACCAAGAGCUGGGGAUAUCGUGAGGCCAACCGUUUCCUUUAG